UUCGGCACGCACAGCGCAUGCGCACAGAUGCAAUGGCGUUAUGAAAGAGAUUGUACAAGAUGCUUUUAAUAUAAAUUGAAAUUGAACUUUAAAGAAGGAAACACGGUGGCAAAAUGGCAGGAGAAGAUGAGGAGAGUCAGACCAAGGGUUUGAGGCUGUUGGGGAUCCUGGAUGUUAAGAACACUCCGUGUGCCAGGGAGGCCAUCCUGCACGGAGCUGGAGGCUCAGUAGCUGCCGGCCUGCUUUACUUUCUGGCUACCAGUCGGGUGAAGAGGUCUUUUGAUGUGGGAUUUGCAGGGUUUAUGUUGACCACACUUGGGUCCUGGUUUUACUGCAGGAUGAACAAUGCUAAGCUACGUGUGCAGCAGAGGAUGAUACAAGAAGGCAUCAAAAACAAGGUUGUGUAUGAAGGAACUGUUCUGGAUCCCACAAAAAAAGCCAAAGCAGAAGCACCUUCAGGCCCCUCGUGACCUCUGGCACUGAAACUCCUCUCGGAGGACAAAAAAGAACCCUGUCAGGGUACAAGACUGAACUGACUUCGUCUUUGAAAUGAUGGAAAAAAAAAAAUGUUUUAUGGGUGUUUUUUUUUUUUUGUGAGUUGCUGUUUUGUGUUGUUGUUCAGUGGUUCCUAUUGUAAAAUGAAAACUACUGGUGUGAAUCUGAACUGUUGUUUUAUUAAACUAACAGUUUCAAAAGGUGGAUCACCGAUGAAAGUGUGUACUGAAGUCCUUUAGCGGUACUUAAAACAGACUGCAGGUGUUUGUCUGGAUUAGGGCUGCAACUGAUGAUUGAAACGAUUAGUCGACUAAUCACAUGUUUAUGAAAUGGCACUUAUUUAGCUAUCAGCUUUUACAUUUAGCAUUAGGUUAUUUAAAAAGUGGUAGUAAACAUAUGGAAGAUGGAUACUUCAUUCAAACAUUUUAAUCAGAUUUGCUGCUGAUAUAAAUUUAACGGUCCAUUUUUCCCAAAAAAAAAUAGUACUUUUUCUUCCCUGUAAAACAAAGUUGGCACAGUUUCACCAGUAGCCGCCAUGACUGAAUAUGCCGCUGAAUGCUAUUGCGCAUGUGUGAAGCUCGCCAGAGAUAGACGGACAGGAAGACGUCUCACUCUGUUAAAAAAAAAAAAAAAUCAAUAAUAAAAAACGACUAUUAACAAUUAAAUUCGUCAUCAACUAUUUUUAUUGUCGACAAUGUCGACUAAUCGUUGCAGCCCUAGUCUGGAUGUACUGAAAACUUGAAGGUUUUCUCCCACAGACUGCAGAGCAGCAGGAUUUGAUUCAACCUUUAAAUUCACUGUAACCCAUAAUGUUUGAAUUACAUGUAACAGUUAUAUUCUUGG